GGUGAGGCGGAGCCACUCAGGGGAGACCGAAGUUUUGUUCGGUGGUGAGACCGACGGUCCAUCAUGCACAUUAUCACGUGCACGUGUGCUAGUUCCUCCAGAUUCCAGAUUCUUCAGGAAAUCCUUUAUGACCAGAGAGAUAAAGUUGGAAAGAUAAGCUUUAUCAGAAAGGAUGGAGUUGGGAAAAGGAAAAUUGCUCAGGACUGGACUGAAUGCAUUGUAUCAAGCAAUACACCCAGUCCAUGGCCUUGCCUGGACUGAUGGGAAUCAGGUAGUUUUGACUGAUUUACAGUUUCACAGUGGAGAGGCCAAGUUUGGGGACUCCAGAGUCAUUGGACAAUUUGAACAUGUCUUUGGGCUGUCCUGGGCCCCACCUGGUACAGCUGACACACCCACUCUGCUUGCUGUCCAACACAAGAAGCAUGUCACUGUGUGGCAGCUAUGUCUCAGCACCAUGGAGACAAGCAAGCAGCUGAUGUCUCAGACAUGUGAGAUUAGAGAAUCACUCCCUGUCCUUCCCCAGGGCUGUGUGUGGCACCCAAAGAAUGCUGUCCUGGCUGUGUUGACUGCACAGGAUGUCUCUGUUUUCCACAAUGUUCACUGUGACAGUCCCCGGUUAAAAGCGGACAUCAGCGCCCAGGGCCGCAUUCACUGUGCGUGUUGGACCCAGGAUGGCCAGAGGCUGGUGGUGGCAGUAGGCAGCAGCCUGCAUUCUUAUAUUUGGAACAAUGCUCAGAAGACUCUUCACAGGUGCUCCUUCUGCCCAGUGUUUGAUUUGGACAGCCACAUCUGCUCCAUCAGAGCAACUGUAGACUCACAGGUUGCUAUAGCCACUGAGCUUCCACUAGAUAAGAUCUGUGGCUUAAAUGCAGCUGAAACCUUUGACGUUCCGCCUAAAGGUGAUGUUCCACCAGCUAUUGGUGAAGUGCCUUCUGUGGGGAAAGGGGCAAUUGCUUCUGAAACAAAUUCUGAAAUAUCAGUUUCUCCCUCCUUUUCUUCAUAUUCAGAUCCUCUGGAUCUAACUUGUAUCCAUUUCAAUCAACCUAGGUCUGAGGGUAGUUCUCUUAUUUGUCUAAGAAAAAAGGACUACUUGACAGGAACUGGCCAGGAUUCUUCACAUUUGGUCCUUGUGACUUUUAAGAAAGCGGUUACCAUGACCAGAAAAGUCACCAUUCCAGGCAUUUUGGUUCCUGAUCUAAUAGCAUUUAAUCUUAAAGCACAGGUAGUGGCAGUGGCUUCCAAUACCUGUAAUAUAAUUUUGAUCUAUUCUGUCAUUCCAUCUUCUAUGCCAAACGUCCAGCAAAUUCAGUUAGAUAAAACUGAAAGACCUAAAGGCUUAGGCUUCUUGACAGAAAAAUUAUUAUUAAUCUUGGUAGGAAAACAAAAAUCCACUGAUACGGCAUUUCUUCCUUCUUCAAAGUCUGAUCAGUAUGUCAUUCGCUUGAUUGUUAAAGAAGUAACACUGGAAGAAAAAUCUUCAAUAACAUCAAAUGAAAGCCAGAGUGCUUAUUCUAAUUUCAGUGCUGUAUUAAAUAAGACAAACAGGAAAAAGUUAAUUGAAAGUCUUUCCCCAGAUUUUUGUCACCAAAACAGAGAGCUCUUGUUAACAGCUAAUACCAGUAGUCAGAGUGGAAGGCCUGGAAGAACCCUUAUCAAUGAAAUCAAAAGUCCUCUGUGCAGUGUCUGUGAUGGCUCCAUAGCCCUAGAGACACUAGAUGCUGAGCCUGUUAACUGGUCAGCAACACUGCCCAGACACAGCAGCACACCGGACCACACCAGCACACUAGACCCUCCUAAUUUGCCUCAAAGAAAGAACAUGCAGAGGGAAAAGGAAACUUAUCAGCUAUCUAAGGAACUGGAAGUUUUAUCUAAGAACCUGAUUGAAAUGCAGCGAUGUCUUUUUGAACUCACAGACUUUCUACAUAAAGGGAAGAAAUCCUCUCCAGUGUAUCCACUCUCUCAGGAUCCUCCUUAUAUUCACAUCAUUUACCAGAAACCUUCUUAUGCAGGUCCUGUUGCUGAAAAAAGAGCAAUGCUUCUCUGUGAUGGCAAACUAAGGCUCAGUACAGUUCAGCAGACUUUUGGCCUCUCUCUCAUUGAAAUGCUGCAUGACUCCCACUGGAUUCUUCUGUCUGCUGACAGCGAGGGCUUCAUCCCAUUAAUUUUCACAGUCACACAGGAAAUAAUCAUAAGAGAUGGCAUCUUGUCCAGGUCAGAUGUCUUCAGAGACUCCCCUUUUUACAGUCUGGAUCCUGUUCCUUGAAAUCUUUAGAGACCUUACUGCCCAAAGUCUAGAUACCACUGGCUAUUCUAACUAUUUAAGCAGUAUUGUUUGGUAUCUGCAGGGUAUUUGCUGUGUAGCUUUUCAGAUAAGACCAUUACAAAUAGUCUCUUUCCUCCACUGUGGACUCUCACCAGUGAGAUCCGCUUUGUCACUCAGGGGAAGCACUUGCCAUGGUUGGCCUUGCCUCUUUUCCCACUUUCCCCUUGGGCUGUGGCUCAGUGCUCAGUUUUUGUUAGAUGGCUCAGAAAGUGGUUGUUUAUAUAUUCAUGACUGUGUGGUUUUGUCUAAGGGCAGAAUUCCCAGAACAAAAUAGUAUUUGGUGCCAUAUGGCUUGUGUUUUAUGGCCUUUCUGAGGCCAUGCCCAAAGCUGCAUUAUAGCAGCCUUAGGAGCACUUAAAAGAUACCUCAGCAUUGUUAUGGGUCUUUUUCUUGACUUAAAGAUGAGGGUGAGGAGUGCUGCUGGAAAGCAUAUGCUCCAGCAUAUCCUUUUAAACCUCAAACCGGCAGGAAUCAGCCAAGCUUAAAGGAAGACCAAAAACCCACUGACUUCUGCUCCCAGGGCUACCUGGAACAGAAAGUACUUCUGAUGUUGGCUGACCCUCCCAGGGUUUAAACCCAAUUCUCGCUUUCUUAAAAAAUUUUGGCUGAGAAAGGUUCAGAUGCUCCUAAAAACUGGCUCUGUGCAUAUUUUGAAUGAAAUUUCAAGUGAUAUGACCCCUCUGGAUUCCACUUGAGCUUGUGCUGAUGCUACUAGUACAGUGCCAAGCACAGACAAGGUCUAAGGCAUGAUUUUGUGCUAUUGCCACUCAUAAUUUUCUCUGCCAGAUCGUUUUAUUUUCUUUUUAGUUUGGGGAUCAGAAAAAUUUCCUGUUUUUCUCCCAGUUAUCAGCUCCCGUAGUUAACUUGUCACUUUAAUUUUGUUAUUUUUCUUUUCCAUGCUUUCAAAUUUUAGAGACCAGCAUAGGAUCUGUAAAAAUAAGUAUUUCAGGAAGUUGGAAAUUUCACUGAAUCUGAGGAAUUUAAAAGUACAGAUUAUUAUACUUACGGGCUAAAGUGCCAAUUCAAUAUAGUGGAAAGAACCCUGAUUCCCUUCAGAUGGACACACCAUUUCUCACUGCCUUCAGACAGAAUCACCGAUUUCAGUUAUUGCAGCAUAACAAAUUGAUCAAUGUGUGGCUAGACAGAGCAUAUCUGCAGAUAAAUUGUUUCAGCCAUAGAAGGUCCAUUAGCACAUGCACUUUUUUUCCCUCUUUCCUUUAAAAUUAUCUGGAAAAAAAAUAUUUUGUGCCCUUGGAGACUCCUGUCUGUCUGUUGCAGUUUAUGAAGACAGAGCUGGACUAGGAAAGAAGCAAGGGUCCAUUUUGUGGUUCAAAUGCAUUAGACAGCUGCUGGGAUAAUGGAAGUUGUGGCUACUUGUCUGUAAUCAGCUGCCUGAGAGUGGUGGCUCAGGACAGGUGGAGGCCUGGCUCCAUUUGCCAAGGAAAUAUCUGGGGUACAAUGAAGUCACAACUGUUGUGAAACCUAAAGAGGGGGCUAGGAGACCCUCAAGUAAGAUUAGUGUGGGUGUCUCAAUGUGUAUGUUAUAAACACCAUUUCUCAGGUCAAAAUUCUGUGAGUGAGUCUUCAGUAAAAUUACUAAUGGUUAUUGUUGCUGUUUUAAUGUUUUGGUGGUAUUUUCUUUGUGAUUAUUGCUGGUAUAGAGAAAUGUCCUUGAUUAUAUAUAUGUAUCUGUUGUCUUUGUAUUUCUUCUUUUGGUGGACAGUCCGGAAUAUAAAUUGUUGCUUCACAACAAAUCUGGUUCCAUGACAACUCUCAUACAAGAUGUUUCCUUGGCCUCUGCUAUGACUAUAGUCAUUGGAACAAUAGAAAAUAAUCUAGUACUUGCUAGGUUUGGAGACAGGGAAAGGAGAACUAAAUUCUUUAAAUUUUUGUUUAAUGUUAUAUCGAAAAUAUUUUGCAUAAACAAAGAUAAUUAUAAAGUCCAUUUUGCACUCAUGUUUUUCUGAAAUUUGAAUGGGUAUUAUUUGAUACAUGCAAUAUAUAUAUAAAGUAGAGGAAGGCUUAAAAAUGAACCACCCACCACCUAAGAACCAGAACAUCAUUAGACAUCAUUCAAGCUCCCUGUAUGUUCUUCCUUGAUCCUGUCUCCAUAGCUCCGCCUCAGAGAUAACUAAUGUCUUAAUUGUUGUUUUUAUCAUUUCUUCAUUCCUUUCUUUGUUUAUAAAAAGGAGUUUCACCACCACAUAUGUGGGCUCCAAAUGGUUCCCUGCACUGUGGUCUGGAAACUCUCAAGGCAGUAAGCUAAGGCAGGCAUAAGCCUCAUCUCAUUUUUUAUGACUCCUUUGUCGCCUGAUGCCUGUUGUCUUGAAAACUGGUUUCUUAUAUUUUGUCCAAUUUUUUGUUGUUUCAGGCAUGAGGCUAGAUCUGGUCUCUGUUAAUCUAUCCUGGCCAGAAGCAGGAGUCUUUCCAUACCUUUUUUGAUUUAUUCCUAGGCACUUUAUAUUUUUGGUUGCUACAGUUAAUAAUGUAUUUUUUAAAUUGUGUUUUAUAACUUGCUGCUGUAAAAAAAAUCCAGUUUUUGUUAAUCUUAUAUCCAACUACCUUGCUUAAAUAUACUCUUAUUAAUUCUAAUAAUUUAUCUCUAGAUUCUUUUUAGUUUUCUGUGUAGGCGGUCAUGUCAUUUUAUAAAUAAUGACAAUUUUGUUUCUUUCUAAUUCUUAUACCAUUAUCUUAUUGCACUGGCUAGAUCCCCUGAUGAAGUGUUGAAUAGAAGCAGUGAUAGAGGGCAUCCUUGCCUUAUUCCUGAUUUUAGAGGGACUGUUUCACCAUUAAGAAUGAUGUUUGGUGGCUGGUUGGUUAGCUCACUUGGGAAAGCAUAGUGCUGAUAACACCAAGGUCAAGGGUUCAGAUCCUCAUAUUGUCCAGCUGCCGGAAAAAAAAAAAAUGAACAACCAGAUGAAGAGGUAUAUAGGUCCAAUUUGUUUGGAGUUUUAAUGGAAGCUCCAUUACAUAGUCAUGAUUGAUCAAAUCAUUGGCCACUGGUGAUUAACUCAAUCUCCAGUUCUUCUCUGCUCCCCAGAGGUAGGGGAGUGGGCUGAAAGUUCUAACCUCUUAAUCACCUGGAUGGUUCUUCUGGCAACCAGCCCACAUCCUCCAAGAGUCACCUCAUUAGCGUGAACUCAUAUGUUGGAAAGGGGCUUAUGAAUAAUAAAAGAUGCUCCUCUCUCUUAUCAUUCAGGAAGUUACAAGGGUCUUAGAAGCUGUGUACCAGGAACUGGGGCAGAGACCAAAUACAUAUUUCUUAUUACAUCACAAGGACCAUUUAGGAUUUUUAUAUAUUUAUACAGUCACACAUAUAUACUCAGUUUUGUUAUGAUGCAUGUUUUGAAAACCCAUAUUUGUUCCAGCGUUAAUUGCUAUAUUAGGGAAUGAUUAGAGCUGUUAAAUAAAAAUGGUUGGAGGACAUUGUUUUGGACUACCUUCCUGCACUAGGUCCCAACAGACCAGACUAAAAAUCAAAAUGGAGUCACUCCUGCUAAGUUCCAUGUCUCUUAGGUUGUGGCGUGACCUUUUGAGAAGUCAAGAGAAAGAGAUAACAGCCAAUUUCCCAAACAGGCCAAUUUUAAUCUGCAAUAAGUAUGAUAAUGAAGUUUCCUCUGCUUUAAUUCUUACACAAAAGAGAUAGCCUGAAAAAAUCUGAUGUUAACUAGUCAGUUAUAUUAUUUCUAUGGUUCUGUCUUCCUGUCCCACCUUACAAGGAGAGUAACUUUGUAAUCACCAAUCUGCUUUUUGUUUUUUGUUUCUGCUUUCUUUAGACUUUUUCUGUCUAUAAAAUCAACUUCCUCUGCUAGACUCAUUGGAACACUUUUUUAUUCUAUUCUGUAUCUAGAAUUGGGCGGGUUAAUAACUCAGUUGGUUAAAGAAUGGAGCUGAUAACGCCAAGGUCCAGGGUUUGAUCCCUGUACUGGCCAGCCACCAAAAACAAAAAUUGGAAUCACAAU